ACUGCAUGUGUGCGUACGCGCCGUGGCUGCCAGUGAACAUGGCGGAUGCAAACGCAGAAGCGGAGCUCGACUGGAGCGGCCAGCCCAGCCUGCUCGACGAGGACACAUUUUUCGCCAUGGAAGGUCUUCAAGCCACCUUUCAACAACUCGAGGUCGAGCUACGGCAGAAAGACAUUGCUGAAGAGUCGUCCACCGAGUAUUGUGAUAACUUCUGCCAGGCUUUGAUGCACUAUGCUGGGAGUAGGAAUUCAGUGGAACAUGGGCUGCCUCUGUUAGAGGUUUACUGUCUGUCAAUCAACUGUUUUGCUGCAGCUAGGCCUCAUCUCACAGCUGAUUCACCCAACGUUACCCUUGUACUCAAAAGACUUGCAUUGAGUUGCCUUGAACUGUUGUUGUCAGUGCCUCAUAAUGAAAUACCUUUGGAAGCUUGGCUGCAGUUUCAUGGCUCAGUUCAGGCGGCUCAUGAGGCCAUGCUGCAGUAUGGCAGUACAGAUCUGCAGGCCCUGUUGAACAUAACAGGGGAGGGUGGUGCAUGGAAUAAUCCUGCCCUGGUCUCGCUUCUUACAGGCCAGCCCACAGACCCAGAUGAGGUGAAUGACUAUAUCGCUUUGGAGGGAGAGGGUUUCAUGGAGAUGAGAAUAAAACAUCUGGAGAAAGUAGGGGAGACUGAGAAGGCCCUUAUUCUCAACAAAGCAUGUGCUAACUGCACCCUCCUGCCCAACCAGGCCAGCUUUCGCCAAACCUUUGUCACCCAACUAUGCCAGCUUUUACCUAGCGAGGAAGCAAUAAUAGAGAUAUCUGGAAUUGAUGGGAAGGAUAUUCUGGAUAUUAUAUGCAACAUGGAAACUGAAGGGGAUGAGAACACAGCCUUCAUCUUGUGCACCACCUAUUUUACACAGCAGCUACAACAAGAGAGUUUAUACUGCUCCUGGGAGUUAACCCUUCUUUGGAGCAAACUGCAGAGAAGAAUCGAUCCAUCCCUUGAAUCAUUUUUUGAACGAUGUCUUCAGUUUGGAGCCAUCACAAAGACCAUCUACCAUCUCCUAUUCCUGAUCCGUGUAAUUCAGACAGAGGCAAUGCUACAUGGUCUUGCAAUAUCAGUUGAACUGUGUGUGAAGGCUCUUCGGCUUCCAAAGCAAGAUGAUGUAGAUGCCAAAACAAUGGUCUGCAAAACUGUUGCAUGUCUCCUUCCUGAGGAUCUGGAGGUGAUGCGUGCUUGCCAGCUCACAGAGUUCCUUUUAAGUCCUAAUCAGAAGGCCUUUGAUGUCCUUGAGGAGCUUUACAUGCAGCCUGAUCAAAAAUAUGAUGAGGAGAAUGCUGCUAUUCCAAAUUUCUUGCGGUGUGAGUUACUACUUUCUCUGAAAGCACACUGGCCCUUUGACCCUGAAUUCUGGGACUGGAAAACAUUGAAGCGCCAUUGCAUGGGAUUACUAGGGCUGGAACCCGAGGUGGAGGAUGAAGCAGUGCCUGAGGAGCAGUGUAAUCUACAAGGACUCAAUGAACAAGUGUGGACAGAGGAAGAAGAUAGUAGUGAAAUAAAUGGACUUGGCAGUGGUGAUCCGGAACAGACAAAAGCAGAUCACCACUCAAACUUAAAGAGUAAAGAUAAAACACAUCUCUCCAAGCGAUCAGUGAAGUGGCAGAAGUAUAAGGUUCUCUGCAAGAUAUGCAAUAAAGAAACAGUUGAAGUACGAAUCUGUCACCAUGCCAAAAAGCACAUGGAGAAUGAUGUGUGGACAUGUCCUGUAUGUCUACAGAAGUUUGAAAUUAAGCAGGAGUUUGUGAAGCACUCCAAAAAACACAUUCGGAUGCCUAUGAAGUUCUGUCACUUUAAAAAGAUAAAAGUGAAGAACAAAGGGGUGAAGGAAGAAAAUUAUUUUAGGGAAGAUGGUUUUGAUGACCUAGAGCCUGGUCAGAUUCCUUUAGAUCCCUCCCUUGCCAUGUACUAUCAGUCCACUCAUGACCCUGUUGUAUUAGAACAUAUUUUAGAACAAGCAGCCAGUGUGCCUAAAAAGCAGGUAGAAAAUGAUGACAUCAUCACAUUUGACUACAUCAGCACACACUUUAAACUACAGGACCGUAAUGUUUACCAGUGUCCAGCCACUGCCUGCUCAAAGAAUUUUAAACUCUUCAAGUACUUGGGGGUACACAUUAAAAAUGAGCAUGAUAGUGAAGACCCCAAUGUGAAACAUUAUCUGGAAAUGAAAGACCGUCGAGAGAAGUGCGCAUUCUGCAGGAAAACCUUCAUGACUGCCUACCACCAUCGCAAGCACCGCCGGGUUCAUUAUGGAGAUCACCCUUACGUGUGUGUGGUGGCUGGAUGUGGUGCCCGUUUUGACACCACCACUGAACUUGUUGUACAUAAACAAAGUCAUGGAUUUCAUUUGUCCUACAACUGUGGGCUAAAUGGCUGCAGUUUCUCAUACUGUGACCUUGGACAGCUGUACCACCAUGAGGCACAACACUUCCGUGAUGCUGCUUACACUUGCACCAGUCCUGGGUGCAAGCUAUUUUUUUACUCUCGCAGAGAGUUUUUGAAGCACUUGGCUACCCAUGACCUCACUUUCACUGAGAGAGACUUUGAGAUGCAGAGAAAAAUGAAAAGAAAACAUUUGAUACCAGUUGUAGAGGAUGAUAAUGGUUGUGAAAUAGAGAAUGGUGUCCAAAACAGUGUAUCUUUUCCACUCCUAGAAAGAAAUAAAUCCAAGGCCUUGUUGACUUGUGUUGCUGUCUGCUUCGAUGGCAAAAAAUUUACCUGUGGCUUAAAAAGCUGUGGAAGGACCUUCACUGCUGCCAAAGAACUUCAGAGGCACUUGAAAAGCAUCCAUAAAGACGAAUUUAAUGAGGAUAGCUUAUGCAUGAAAAAAGUGCAAGCAAAGGAGUCCAAGUCGCAAGACAAUCAAUUGCAGAAAAAUGACCAGGAUGAUCAUCCACAGAUUGGGUCAUCCACAGAGGAAUCUAAUAAAGAAAAGGCAUUCACACCCGCCGGUACUUCUGUACAUUGUGACGGAGUUCCUUCAAACAUGGAACUUGGUGCAACAGUAACUGAGAUCAUGCUAGGAUUUAGUCAACUAAGCCUUACUUCUCCCAGUACAAAACAUGUUGGACAUAAUUCACACAGAUCUGUUUCAGGUUCUAAUGUACCGGUGGUCAAGUGCUCCACUACCAUGAAUUCAAAGUCACCUGCCACAACAACGGCAAGCAACAAAACAGAGGAGAGAUCUAAUGUGGCAGGUAGUGAUUCAAAGAAAAUGCCAAGCAAAAAGGAGACCCCAGUAACGCUUGAUGCCAAUAAAGAAUCUGUUAUGGAGAAACCGAAGCAACAAAGUGAAUUUCUUGUGCAGCCUACAACCAAGCCCUAUGCCUGUGAAGCUAAAAACUGUUGCUAUCAAAGUGUUACAACUCAUGCUUUAAUGCAGCACUAUAUUAAGAUUCAUCGUUACUCCGAGGAGAAUGUGAAAAAGAUUGAAGUGUUUCAGUCGGAAACAUUCAAACCUUUUGAAACACCUGAUAACAUUAAAGAUGCAGUCACACAGCAGGAUCAGCCGCAGACUGAGUUUCUUGCGCAGGCCACAGCGAAGCCUUACACCUGUGAAGCUAAAGCAUGUCACUACCAGAGUGUUACAAGUUUUGCUUUAAUGAAGCACUAUAUUAAGAUUCAUGGUUACUCUGAGAUAGAAGUUAAAGAGAUGGAAGUGUUUCAGUCACAAACAUUCAAGCCUUUCAGUUGCCAUCUCUGCUCCAAGAGCUACAAAAACAAAAAACCACUUCGGGUACACUAUAUAAAUUGUCAUCAAAUUAAUAAAGCAGUUGUUGCACAGAUGAACUGCACUUUUAAAGGGAAACGGGGUGGAAAAGCACCCAUGUUGUCCUCAUCUGAAAAAAAGUUGUCUUUAAAGAUGAAUAAGGUUAAAGCCCAAAGAAAAGACAACCGCAUGUGGCAGCAGAGAUGCCAAAAAAGAGAAUAUCGGUUCUGGAAGGGCAAACUAGAUAAAAAAAAUGGCCAAGUUAAAACUGAAAAGAAACAGCCGAAAGACAGUGACAUUUUACCAUCAGUGGAGCAGGUCACUUCUAAGACCGACACCGAUAUAAACCAGGCAAAGUUUGACAGUAAAGGAAGUCGCCGUUUGAUAGCAAAAGGAAAUUUGAGAUACAUCCUCACUAAAUAUAAUAAACCCUUUCACUGCGUACACAAAAACUGCAAUGCUGCCUUCUCCAAUCAGAAAAGCUUUGUGGACCACCUUCAGAUGGCACAUCACUAUAACCCUUCACAAUUGUGCUUCUCAUGUGAACACAAAGGAUGCGAAAAGCAGUUUAGCCACUAUUCUAGUCUCAUAAGACACUACCGCAAACAGCACAACUUAAACAAAACUAAAAUGUUCUCAGAAACAUCAAGGAGCACAUCAAAAAAACAGACAGCCACAUUGGAGGAGCCCAUACCAAGGUUUAAGUGUACCUAUGCUAACUGCAACCAGUCCUACCAUCUCAACAGCAGCCUCUUGCGUCACACAAGUCAGUUUCAUCAGAACCAAUCUCCCUUAAAUCCAGCUGCCACCGCUAUAAACUCAAGUUAUAACAAACGUGUGUUUUAUCAGCAUUGUGAUCCAUCUGAUUCCCUUGUGGUGCGUCUUCAAAGUACACCUAAAAAAGAAGAGUCAAAUAGUGGAUGCCAAACAAAGCUGAUCAUCUCACCUUCCACCCAACAGUCAAAAGACUCACAAAAGUUACCUUUCAGGCAGUCUUUAAAGGAUCAGGACAUUGCUCAGUCUGAGGAGAACAUUGAACCCACUGAAGAAUCAGCAGAAGAGGAGACUGAUAAGGCACCGAAAUCCAACAGAAAAAGGGGAUAUGACCUAAUUGUCUUCCGAACGCAUGAGGAGGCUUUGCAGAUGUGCCAAGAUCGUUGCCUGCCUGUCGCUUUCCCUUGCAUGGUACAGAACUGUGACUCAGUGGUCGUGAGGAUAAGCAGUCUGUAUCGACAUUACUUUAACUGUCACAAAGUUUCACGCAAACAGUUGCUUGAUAAUAAGGACAAGUUGUGUUACACUACUGAAAAGCUGGAGGAGAUUAUACAGAAGAAAUCUGCUGUGUCUGCUGUACCUGACUUAACAAAGAUUCCCAGCGGUGUCCUAAAAAUGGAGUAUCAAUCUGAGCCUGUGACUCCAGGUGGCCCAUCACUGCCAAUGAGCCUUCACUCGAUCAAAACUGAUUCAAAGGAUCAGGAAGUAAUUGGGUUUUCAGGAGAGCCCCGCCCUGACACCAGUUUGCUUAUUGCUGCAGAUGAUUUGCUGUAUGGGGAAUCAAGCGGACAUCCAGAAGAGCCUAUUUCAGAGGAGAGCCGAAGCCACAAAGAAAGGUCAGAGUUAACAACACCUCCCCUCAUACGUCCUCCACCACUUGACCUUUCUCCACCCUCUACCCUGAGAAUAGCUGUUGAUGAAACUUCAUUUGAAACAUCUGGUAAAGACAAUUGUAAUAAGUCUGUUAAUGCUCCUUCUACUGUUUCCAUAUCAGUUUCCAACCAAACUCGGCAGCCCCUCAGACGGAAGAAUGAACUUUCUGAACCACCAUCUGUUACCCCUAAUUCAAAUUCAAAGGAUCCUGUAACGGACAGUAUAACCCCAAAUGCUUUUGACAUUGCGUCUUACAAACCAAUGGGCUUUGAAUCCUCAUUCUUAAAGUUCAUUAAGGAAAAGGAAGAAGAGAUCACAUUUGACAGGCAGUGGACUGAUCCACCACGUCGAAGAGAAUGUUUCCGGCGGAGCUGCUCAGUCAAGGAAAACAAUCGAAGUGGAACCACAAUCUCCCGUAGCCGCAGGUUUCGAUCAUCACCUCUCAGACAUUUGAUCUCUAAAGGAGACUGUACAUCAAUCCAGAACCUCAGGAUUAUUUUAGAGAGGGCUUUAAGGGGCUGUGGUGACCAAGCUAUAAAACAGCUUCAGUUCUCAAAGCCUGUGGUGGUUCUAGAAAGACCCAAGUCCUCUGCCUCCAUUCUUGAUCUCUUACCAUCUGAAACAAAAGUGUAAGCUGCUACUUGGCGCUAAGGCAGUUUAAACUCUAGCUCCCUUUUUUUAUUUGAGACUUUCAUAGUAUUUUUUAUAUGGUUGAUACAGUUUUUGUUGUUUGCUUACAGGGUUAGUUACUCUGACUAAGUUGUAAAUGUUUAUAUAUGUAAAUAAGGUCAAAUAAAAAAAGUUUUGAAAAUGUA